UUUCGUCCUCAGCUGACACUCUAACACAGCUGCUAUGGGACCAAGAAGCCUUCAACACAUGGACUAGAAAACUAAAGUGUGACGGUUACUUAUACAUUUUUUGAUACAAAACAUACAGAAAGAGAGUUUUUUUUUCCUUGACCAUGACAGACUCUGCAGCUGAUGAAGACAAGGACCCUGAUAUUGAGCUGUUUGUCAAGGCUGGAAUCGACGGGGAGAGCAUUGGAAACUGCCCCUUCUCACAGCGACUUUUCAUGAUCCUGUGGCUCAAAGGUGUAGUCUUCAAUGUUACCACGGUUGACCUAAAGAGGAAACCAGCUGACCUUCACAACCUGGCUCCAGGGACCCAUCCACCCUUCCUUACCUUCCAGGGAGAGGUUCUCACCGAUGUCAACAAAAUAGAGGAGUAUCUGGAGGAGAGGCUGGCUCCACCAAAAUAUCCCAGACUAGCUGCAAAGAACCGUGAAUCCAACACAGCUGGAAACGACAUAUUUGCCAAGUUCUCGGCCUACGUUAAAAACACAAAGCCAGAUCAAAAUCGAGCACUAGAAAAGAAUCUAGACAAGGCCCUGGCAAAGCUGAAUGACUACCUAAAUAGUCCACUACCUGAUGAUGUUCAGUCUGGACGCCACAGUGGCGAUGGACUGUCCGAUCGCAAAUACUUGGAUGGGGAUGAACUGACGCUGGCUGACUGUAAUCUUUUGCCGAAGCUUCAUGUCAUGAAGGUGGUUGCAAAGAAAUACCGAAACUAUGACAUCCCGUCUGAAUUCAGUGGGAUAUGGCGUUAUCUUGGCAACGCCUACAGCCGAGAUGAGUUCACAAACACGUGUGCGGCCGACAUGGAAAUUGAAGAAGCCUAUAAGCCUGUAGCCAAGAGGUUGGGAAAAUAAAUGCAUCACAAUGGUCGCUAUUGCUUGUCCCUCUCUCUUUGAAAAAUUGUUAAUUAUCAAUCACACCUUUUUUAAACUAAGUAACAUAGAUUUUAACAUGCUAAAUAUUUUGAAACAUAUCAAACAUAAUGCCUUAAAGAAAGGACAAGUUUUAAUUAAUAAAGAGUUGUAGGCUAAUUUUAUUUAAGGUUCUGUGUAGCAAUUUAAGCUAAUAAAAAAUGGCCAUAAGGAUGGGACAGACUGAAAUAAAUUGGUUUGUGAUUAUACUAUUGUUAUCUUUUAGAAAUGAUCAUCUGAUGUACCCUGUAUUUGAUUAUCAGUUAUUAAAUCAUAGCUUAGCAAAAACUGGGUAUGCUAUUUUGCACCUAAAAGCUUGCAGAGUGGUGUUUUUCUCAUCUGUCCCAAACCAUUAACACUGGAAGAAUAUUUUGACGAUAACUGGUUUAAACUGUGUUUUUUAACUUAAAUGUAAGCUGCAUUCAUUAGUAGCUAUGUCUUGCUAACUCAUGAAAAAAACCAAAGCUUGUUUUAAUCACCGUGGAACACACUGGCAAUGAACUACUUUAGCAUGGUUCAUGCUAGCACCUAAAGUACGAUGCUGGUGACUCAUUUCAGAUCUUGAUUUUCACAAGUUCACACUCCAGCAACUACAACAAAUGUUACCCUAAUGAGAGUAUGCCAAAAUAUAAGUUAGUACUCAACUUUUUCUCACAAUGUUAUGAGUUAAAAGUAUUGUUGGUAACUUGUUAAAGGACAGGACAUAAGCUAAACUGCCAUAGAGGGUUGUACUACGAUGAAAAAGCAGCCUGAUAUCACAUUUCUUGAUGAUACUGCUAACACUUGGAAACACAAGCUAAUGUAGCAUGCAGGAAAACUCAAAUCAUAUCCUUCCUGAUUCACUUAACUUUCACUUUUACAGUACUCUGGUUAAGGAAAAGUAAACUGAAAGCCUAAAAGUUAGCAAGAAAAAGUGUUUUUCAGGAGCUAAUGGAGCUAGCUUAAAAAGAGAGCUAGCAACUAGCUAAAUAACUCCCAUUUGAGCUGGUUUUACUUUAUGGUACAAAAAAAAAUCUGCUUUUGUAAUAUAUAUUAAAGGUACAUUGUUUUAAGAAUACUCAAAUAUUUCAGUACACUAUACUAGCAUGUGUUUUGCAAACAGUGACUGUAAAUGUGAAAAUACUGCGAUCUAUGUUUGACUGAAUUAACAGAAUUAAAUUGAGAAAGUUUUUCAACACAGCUAAACCACCAUGGAGGGUUGUACUACAAUGAAAUAGCAGCCUGACAUCAUGUUGUCCUGAUCCUACAUCUAACACUGGGACAAACUAGCGAAUGUAGCAUGCUGGACUACUCGUACAGUGUGUCUCAAAUUACAGGUAGUACACUGUAUUACAGUACACAAAGACAGGACUGAGAACUUCAUCAAGAGUUAUUAUCAGAAGUCGUGCACUGUGACUGCUGUUUUGCACUAACAGGAAGUGACAACUGUUUAACUGUUCUUCUACUUCUCUUUAAGCGGCAUUGACGUUUGGCAAUUAUAAUCAAAAUUUGAUGGCAUUUUCACUCACUAUUAGAUUCAUGUCACUAAUUAACAUUAUUCCCUCAAACAAAAUAAACUUCUUUUCCCUUAAAUGCCUUUUCUUAAAUAAAAUCUGCUGCCACAGCUGAUAACACGUUAGCUAGCUAGUGAAUGCUAAUGUUAGCUUGCGCGCUAGCAUGCUAACAGUAAGACUUUCACAGAGCUCCUGUUUCAACUGAAAGCCUAAAAGUUAGCAAGACAAAAGUUUUUUAGGAGCUAACAGAGCUAGCUUAAACAGAAAGUACUCAAGAGGGGCCUUGCUGCCUUUCAUUUCUGAUGACCACUCUCAUAGACUAUUCAUCUGACACACCAUAUAUCUAUUAUAUACCAUAUUUUUUUACAUUACAAAUGAAAAAACAUUUCAUGAACAAAAUAGAAUAAAUAUGUAAUCAGAUAAGCCAAUUAAGCUAAGUUUGCUUUAGCAAUGGAGCUUUAGUAAGCAUAGCUAAAGCUAACACAGCUACAUAGCUAACAUAACUGCUUUGUGAGCUUACAUAGAUUCUUUGAGAGCUUAGCUUUAGCUAAGUUAGCUACAUAGCUCUGUUAGAUAAGUAGCUUUGUU